AUGGAGGCUGCCAACGAGGGCGCUCCCGGCACCACUCCCGAGAAAGACAAGUGUAUCGGAGAAGAGAAUCAGGAUGUCGCAGGUGGCAUGGAGAUGAAGGUGCAGAGUAAGUCUUAUGUGCUGUCCUACUGCCUGACCAAGGAGCUCAGGGAAACUCAUGGCUACUAUGAUUUUGACAAUGUCCAUACUCUCACGAGGGUGUGCGUGUUCGUGCUUAGUCUCAUUAACAUCGUCGAUCUUCAGUACUACAAACGUACCAUGCAGACGGGCCGCCAACAUCUCGGCAAAUCGAUGGGUAGGGGCCGCAUAGGCAACCAGAUCACCGUCGGCAGCCAGCUCGUCGUCGGCAGCCAGCUCGUCGUCGGCAUCCAGAUCAUCAUUGUCGGCAUCCAGAUCAUCAUUGUCGGCAUCCAGAUC